GGGAGCACAGGACGCGUCACUGAUACAGAGAAGUAGAAGAAAGUACGUUUUUUUUCUCUCUCAUUUUCUAAAACAUAUACACCAAAGAAUUUUCUUAAUAUACAGUAUCAGAGGAAAAAAAAAAACAUUCUGAAGAAUGGAAGAGCAGGAAAUGCAGCUGAAAGUUAAACGAGUAACAGAUAAAUUUACAGAAAGCAUGUAUGUACUUGCUAAUGAACCAUCUGUGGCCCUGUACCGCUUGCAGGAGCAUGUGCGGAGAUCAUUGCCAGAACUUGUCCAGCACAAGACAGACAUGCAGGGCUGGGAGGAGCAGAGUCAAGGAGCAAUAUACACUGUGGAAUAUGCUUGCAGUGCAGUGAAAAGUAUGACGAACAGCACCUUGUACUUCAAAAGUAUUGAAGGGCUUCUCCGAGAAACUAUUGGCAUUAAAGACCAAAUGAACUCCUCUCAUGGGCGCAGGAAACGAACAGCGGAUGCUAUUGUGCAGAGGGACUUGGGAGACCGGCACAAUGCAGGACCGAGCUGAUCUGUCAGAGGAGCUCCCCACAGAGAGAGGUGGUAGACAUGUCAUGGUGGCAGGUGUGGCUCCAGAAUGCAGUUUUGCAUAUAAGGGCAGAAACUUGCUAUGAGUCAGCAAUGACUGUACCAGAAGGCAAUGCUCACUCUUUAUCUAAGUUAAAUGACAAACCAGGAUGUAAUUCAUUAAAUAAUGCAGAAUGUCUACUUCUGCCCUUAUCUAUUUAUUAGCUAUAGUUCUGCUGUAUUUCAGUGCCACCACCCCUUUCUAUGAAUGCCUGAACAGUGUUUGGAUUUAAAGUAAUAAUUACUGGACUUUUAGAAAUAUCAAAAUAAAUGUCAUUUUGAUUGGGCUGUAAAAUGACCCUGCUAGGAGAUGUAGAAAUGAGCCUUCAUGCCCCUAACUGGUGUUGGGAUCUGACAGCUGCACAUAGGAUUCCACCAAAUCCAUGUAUUUUGACUUAAGUCUGUUUCACAAAUAAAAAAAGUUGUAUUAUUUUGUCUUUAACUUUUUAUAAGACAUAAUGCCAAGGUGCAGGUAAUUUGCAGUCUGAAUAGUGAAGUAUCGGUAUGCUUAUCUGGUGCUUUUAUUAAUGUAAUUUUGUACUUAAGAAAUUUCAGAUACCUUUAUACGUCCCUUACCUGUCAU